CUGCAGUAUAGCGUUUAUAUAAUACUGGUAUUUGUAUUUAAAAUAGUGCAAUAAUUCAGUAAUUGAAUACUAAACAAAGAACUCAUAUAAUGGACAAAGAAUACAGCAAGAAACAGAAGAGUAUGUUGAUAGUUUUACAGAAGAAAUAUGUAAAAUGUCUGCAAGAGAAUCCAAUUCUGACGAAGUCAAUAACGAGUGCCGUCCUUUCAUUCUCUGCCAAUCUCACAGCUCAACUCAUUGACAUUCGUCGUGGAAUGGCGAGCGAGAUCACAUUGCCUCCUGCGUUAAGAUAUGGUGCUUUCGGUUUGUUUGUCUCGGGACCGGUCAUGCAUUACUUCUAUGGAUGGCUUAUGAAGACCGUACCAGGGAAAACCACGGAGGCAGCAAUUCAGCGUUUAAUUAUCGAGAGAUUAAUUCUGUCACCGUUUUUUACCCUUCUAUUCCAUUCUUUUAUGGCUGCUACUGAACAUCAAUCAUGGGAUGCCGUGAAACUUCGACUCCAAGCAGCAUAUUGGUUGACAUUGACGAUGAAUUGGAAAUAUUACACGAUCGCUCAGAUCAUAAACUUGAAUUAUAUUCCACCUGAGAUGCGAGUGCUUUUCGGUAACUUCUGUGGGUUCCUGUGGACGAUCGCUCUCACUUCGAUGAAGCCGAAAACAGAUUAGACGCACUUUGAAGCAAAGGUUCUCAACCGAGGGAGGGGGAUUCCCCCUGAGGCAUUGAUAUGAUUCAAAUUUCUCUUUUGUAUCGAACUCAUUCACAACAGGUUCCUUCAUUUCAUAAAACUAUAGCUUCUAUAACUCUCUCUCAUUCUCACGACAUUCCAAUAACGAGUUCGCACACCCCAUGUGAAUCUCUUGAAUCCCAUCAAUGUCCUGGGAGUGAAUUUUACUUAGGGGUUAAAAUUAGAAUUUUAGGAAAGAGUUCUCUUUUGUAUAGAACUCACUAGCAACGAGUUCCCUCGUUUGAAAAAACCGUGUCCACACUUAUAGCUUUAAAAAACAAAAAUGGGUUCUCCCGAAGUAUGCGAACCAAGAUGGCGGACAUCGGAACGUAACAUGGGUAACAGGUUAGGGUUAGGCGAUAAUUUUUUUUUCAAUUUUCCUUAUUUUAGUCCUAUUAUCAGUUCGAAGACUAGCCAAGAGCCUCCCGUAGUAUUUAUACCUAAAAUUAUGGCCUAACUUUAACCUAGUACACAUAUUACAUUAUGAUGUCCGAUGAACCCACCGGCCACCACUGCCAUGGGGUAAAUUUUGCUUGGGGUAAAAAUUAGAAACUAAAUGUGGUUUAACUGUAGUUGUAUGCGUGCUCUAUGUAAUCAAUUUUAAGCAUUUAGCAGACAAACUACGGCCUGCGGGCCGGAUCCGGCCCGUGGAACAAUAUAAUUCGGCCUGUGACGCUUCACUGAAUUAUAUUAACAAAACAACUGUAUUGACAAUUAUAUUUUACGCUUUUCUGACCCGGACGACUCUUGAAAUCUCACGUUUGCACCUCAACUUGGCAUUUAAAAAUUCCAAUAGCCACGCGCCCCAAAACCUUUUCAAAUUUUUGGCUAUGACUCUGCUUACGAGUAUUCGUUUAAUUAAAUAUAUAGAAAUUUGAGGGUCUCUUUUCAUUUUUCUGAUUUGUAAAAUGGGUAAAAUACGAAAGAAUGAAGGUUGAGAACCCUUGCUUUAUAGUCCAUUGAUGGAACCGAAUGUUUUUUUUUCAGUGAUUCUGUUUAUUUUCUUUAAUAUUUCCAUAUAAUAUUAAUUUAUUUUACUAAUCUGAAAUAUUGAAUAUAUUUUUAAUUAAGUUAACGAGGCUUUGUACAAGCAGCCACUUUUAUUUAUGCCAGGGGCGCACCCAGAGAGGGGGGGGAAUGGGCCACCUGAAACCCUCUUUGAAAAAUUCUAAUAUUCAGUAUCACACAGUGCAAUUAGUUUAGCUUGAAACGCUAGAUUUUUUAGAGUUAGACACUCAAGUCAAGACUGUUGAAAACCUACCUGGACUUGCCAGUUGUUGCAAUCUAACUUAACAAUUAGAAAUUGCAGAAUUAUAAUAACAAUAACUUUGGCAUAUGCAAGGUUUCAUUAAAAUACUGUUAAAUAAUGCUCUUCUGUAGAAAAUUUCGACUCUCUCAUUGCCAAUGAAAGAUUGAAUAUCCGACUAUUCAGAUUUUUGACUCGAGUUCUGAGAGUUUAAAGUACACCCCGAAUCCAGUAAAAUCAUGCCAAAGACGAGUCCAUAGCCCUCUGUCUAAAAUCCUCUAAAUGCGUCCAUAUUUUGUGUACGGAGCACCGUCUUCUUCAUAAUAACCUGUUAAUACUCAUCAUAAGGACCUCCAGAAGUAUGCACACCAAGAUGGCGCACAACCUGAACAUAGUAUGUGUGUACCGGUUAGGAUUCAGGUUGUGCGACAUCUUGGCGCGCAUACUUCUGGAGCACCCAUUAUAAUUUUUCAUCUUCUUGAUUGCCUUUAUAUUCUUAUGCAAUUACAUUACAUUUGAAUGAUCGUG